AUGACACGCUCGAGAGCCUCGCCCGAUGGCAGGAUUCCCGAUCGCGACGUUGCUUCUAAGCUCGUCGUUGUGAUGGAGUCUGUGAAUACGCCUACCCCUUCCGCUCCCGAACAAGCCGCCGCUAUCCUGCUUAAUGGAGUACCCUCGCCCUUGGUCGAGCCCACCUCAUUGAAUCUGGAUGCUUCCGAGCCUAGCGAAGCCAAUGACGACAAGGAAGGCCUCGAAGACCAGUCGGCGAGCUUUUUCAACCCCAAGAACGAAUCCGCCGCCAAAGUUCGAGACCAGCUUGCCUUGAAUACUUUGGACGAACUCUUGGACUACCUCCUGAGGCAGGGAGGCUCAGUCGGCAUCCUUGACGCCACGAAUAGCACCAUCAGCCGGCGUAAGCUUAUCAGUGUCUGCACCGACAAGGCUCUCCUUGAGGCAAACAUGCGCCUGAAGCUUUCCGGCCCCGAUUACAGGGACAAGGAUCCCCGCAAGUCGCUCGAGGACUUCCGGAAGAGGGUAACGGCCUACGAAAGCGCGUACGAGCCGCUCGGCGAUUACGAAGAAAGCCAGGAUUUGCAGUACAUCAAGAUGGUCGACGUAGGUCGCAAGGUCAUUCAUUAUCGCCUCCGGGGAUUUCUCAGCACCACCAUUGCUGGGUAUAUGACAACGUUUAAUCUCUCACCCCGGCAAAUAUGGAUCACGAGGCACGGCCAGAGCGAGGACAACGUCAAGGGAAAGUUGGGCGGCGACUCGGCGCUCACAGAACGCGGUCGGACUUUCUCGUCGGCGUUGUAUAAGUUUAUCACAUGGCAGCGCACGGCGUGGAUCGUCGAACAACAAGACAAUAGGGCGAGCGCGUCGUUCCCGCCGCAGCCCGGCGACCUUACGCCUCCCUACCCCGAGUACAACCGAGAAAUCGAUGAGAAGAACUUUUGCGUUUGGACGUCGAUGCUGCAGCGUAGCGUCGACACUGCGCAACUUUUCGAAGCGGACGAUGACUACGACGUGAAGAACUGGGAGAUGCUCAACGAGAUCAAUGCGGGGCAAUUCGAGGGUAAGACGUACGACGAGAUUGCCAAGGAAUACCCAGAGGAGUACCACAAGCGAACCGAAGACAAGCUCCACUACAUUUACCCCGGCGUUGGCGGGGAGGGGUAUCUCCAGGUCAUUCACCGCAUGCGCGACAUGGUCCGCGAGAUGGAACGCAUCAACGAUCACGUCCUCAUCAUCGGGCACCGGUCCAUCUGCCGGGUUCUGAUGGCAUACUUUAUGAACCUCACCCGUCGUGACAUCACUGACCUCGACGUGCCACUUGGCAUGGUGUACGCCAUUGAGCCCAAGCCGUACGGAAUAGCAUUCCACGCCUACCGGUACAAUGAGAAGAACGGUUGGUUCGACGAGGUGCCCAACUACACACCCCGCCGGACCGACCGGUAUGACGGCAAAGACUAA